GUGUAUCUGUGUGUGUGUGUGUGUCCCUGUGUGUAUGUGUCCCUGUGUGUGUGUGUGCAGUGGAGUCAGUGUCAUGGCGGUCAGCAUCAUGUCGGCUUGUUGUCGAGCGUCUCUUCUGUCUCUCUACUUCCUCGCUUGCUUCCUUCAGGUUCUCAUCCAAGGAGAAGAAGUGUUUCGGGCUGGCCAGACGCAGGAUGUGUUCCUGCGGUCCAAACGGGCCAACUCCUUCCUGCUGGAGGAGCUCCUGCAGGGGAACCUGGAGCGAGAGUGUUACGAGGAGGCCUGCAGCUACGAGGAGGCCCGCGAGUACUUCGAGAACACCCCCAAAACGAACGCCUUCUGGACCCGUUACGUCGACGGCGACCAGUGCGAGUCCGCCCCCUGCCUCCACGGAGGGAACUGCAGCGACAGAGUGGGGGGGUUCCUCUGCUCCUGCCCCGCCCCCCACCACGGUCCUGUCUGCCAGCUGGGAGGCGCAGAAAAGCCGGCCACCGCGCGCCAGACCACCACAGCAGAGCUAGUUAAGUGUCCGACUGAAGGUCCGACAGCGUGCCACCAGCUGUGCACGGCGUCCCAGCGUUCCUUCACCUGCUCAUGCAUGCCGGGAUUCAAACUACAGCGCGACGGGCAGAGCUGCCUGCCCGAAGUGGCGUUUCCCUGCGGACGACUUCCUGACAAGUUCCACACGACCGAGUCAAUAUGUCGCCAUGGAAACUGUCCCUGGCAGGUGUCCCUGUUUAGCAGCAGAGGGGUGGAGCUGUGUGGUGGCGUGGUGCUUGGUCGUCGCUCCGUCCUGACCGCCGCCCGCUGCCUCUUCCCGGACUCACAGCCCGACCUCCGACCCUCAAACUUCGCCGUGGGCAUCGGCGCCAAUAAGAAGGUGCCCGUCCAGGCGCUGUACGUGCACGAGAGUUUCCGUAGGGAUCACCAGGACAACAACCUCGCCAUCCUGGAGCUGUCCCGCCCGCUGAACUUUAGCCCCGCCCUCAUCCACCUCUGCCUGCCCGAGAAGGACUUCAGCGAAAACAUCCUGAUGCAUGCUGGGAAGACGGGCGUGGCCGCGCAGCGGGGGGGCCGUCGGACGCAGACGCUGGUCCACGUGACGCCGGACGAGUGCCGCGGUCGGGUGAACGCCUCGCAUCGGCUGAGCAACAAAAUGUUCUGCAUGGCGAGGCAGAACGGCGCCGCGAGAAGUCCCAACGGACCUUUGAGGCCUCAAAACAGAGCCGAGAGAAGUCUGGACGGAUUUUCGGGGAAUGAAAAUGGAACAGAAAGUAUGCUCAAUGGACAUUUAGGACCCCAAAAUGUCACCCAGAGAAGCCCAAACGUACCUUUGAGGCACCAAAAUGGCGCCCAGAGAAGCCCAAACGUACCUUUGAGGCACCAAAAUGUCACCCAGAGAAGCUUAAACGGACCUUUGAGGCACCAAAAUGGCGCCCAGAGAAGCUUAAACGGACCUUUGAGGCACCAAAAUGGCGCCCAGAGAAGCUUAAACGGACCUUUGAGGCACCAAAAUGUCACCCAGAGAAGCUUAAACGGACCUUUGAGGCACCAAAAUGUCAGCCAGAGAAGCCCAAACGUACCUUUGAGGCACCAAAAUGGCGCCCAGAGAAGCCCAAACGUACCUUUGAGGCACCAAAAUGUCACCCAGAGAAGCUUAAACGGACCUUUGAGGCACCAAAAUGUCACCCAGAGAAGCCCAAACGUACCUUUGAGGCACCAAAAUGGCGCCCAGAGAAGCUUAAACGGACCUUUGAGGCACCAAACUGGCGCCCAGAGAAGCUUAAGCUCAGCAGGAAAAAGGUCAAAGAUUGAGAAUCCCGAGACUUUGGAGCCGGCGCAAGGUUCGGGCCGAUGUGGCGAGCUGUUGCCAGGGACGCCAGUUGCCACGGUGGAGCGAGGGACAGCGUUUCUCACCGGGCUGCUGAUGACGUCGUCCUCAGGUUGCGGUGGCGGUGGCGACAGCGACCUUCUGGUGUUUACCAAACUGUCCCGCUACCUGAGUUGGAUCCGGCCGCGGCUGAAGGUGGCCGAGGACUACGUUACGCCGCAACAGCUCCAGUAUCCGGAGGAACGCUAAGCUAACCGUCACGCCAACAGUAGACGGGAUUUACAAGACAUUUCCAGCGGGACUUGAUGCUGAAAUAUUCAGGGUUUCUACAGGUUUCACUGAGUCACAUUUAGGAGUUUUUGAGACUAAUAUGAAUGAAAUGUAAGAGCUAUAUCACAACAUCAAAAACAAGUUGCAUGUUGGUCUCAUUUGUAGUCCUAAUACAGAGAAUUAUGUUUGGAGUAGUGACAGAAAGAACUACAACACCACAGAAUUAAUAAAAAACAUUAUCAAGUGCUGUGUGAGCAUUAGACACACACACACACACACACACACACACA